AUGCUCGACUCCUUCUCACCACGCAAAGUGCUGACUACACUCGCCCUGAGCGCCGGCCUGGUUGCGGCUCAGUUCCCACCUCAAGGCCCUCCUCAGGGCCAGGCUGCGCUCCAGACAAUCACCGACUUUGGAGAAAUCUACAACACCCAGUUGAAGUUGCAGGCUUACAUCCCUAGCAACCUCCCUGCCAGCCCAUCAAUCAUCCUCGCUCUGCAUAUGUGCGGUGGAACCGGAGAACAGUACUUCCAGCAAACCAAUUAUAAAUCCAUGGCCGACCAAAAAGGUGUUGUCGUCCUGUACCCAUCUUCUCCCAAGGACGAUAACUGCUGGGACGUUGCUAGCAAACAGACCCUUAUGCACGACGGCCAAGGUGAUAGUCAGGCUCUCAUCAAUAUGGUUGACUGGGCUAUCAAACAGUUCAAUGCCGACCCUAAGAAAGUCUUUGUUACCGGUUCUAGCUCUGGAUGUAUGAUGACCAACGUUAUGGCUGCAACUUAUCCUGACCGUUUUACUGCUGCUACUUGUUACUCAGGUGUUGCUGCUGGCUGCAUGGCUGGUGCACCUGGAUCCAGCCCUAAUAGUUCUGGUCGUGAGUGCUCUGAUGGAAAGGUCAGGAAGUCCGGUGAGGACUGGGCUGCGCAGGUCCGUGCCAUGUACCCAGGCUACAAGGGCGCGUACCCUAAGUUCAAGACCUUCCAUGGCACUGCCGACUACUUUGUCUUCUACCAGAACUUCCUCGAACAGGUCAAGGAGUGGUCCGCGAUCCAUGGCGUCGAAUCUACCGGAAAGGAGACCGACGGCCAGGGCUACACCACCGAGACCUUUGGAGAUGGAAGCAAGUUUGUGUCAGUGUCUGCAGAGGGCGUCGGACAUACUGUGCCUGUUCAUCCUGACCUUGACUUCCAAUGGUUCGGUCUUAACUAA